AUGGAGGUGAAGGUGGUAGUGGAGAUGAAGGUGGAGUUGGUGGUUGUAGUAGUGGUGGCGGGUGGCGAUGGCAGUGGUGGUGGUGGUGGAGGUUUUGGAGGAGGUGGUGGUUGUGGUGGUGGUGGAUGUGGAGGUUUUGGAGGAGGUGGUGGUGGAGGAGGUGGAUGUGGCUGA